UAUUUUUGUGCAGCUGUGGCACUGUCAAAAUAUUCCUGCGACGUCGACUGAUGAUUUUGUGUGCGUAUAUUUUGCAUUCUAUUUACUCAUCAUCUGCCGAAAAGUUUCGCUCCGGUAAAUCCACGGGAAUCUGUGACCCCGAAGCACCACCGGACGAUAAUCGGACCCCGCAAAACAGCAGCAGAACUGUAGGAUUGAUGCCAACCGGUUCACCAACAUGGGAAUGAACGUAAGUCGCCACGACGAUUUGGCCGAGAACGAAUAUCUGAAGCGAUUCGUCGGCAAGGAACAUAUUCCGGCAUACAACGAUGAAUUCUGGAACAGCUUCCUGCAGUAUCACAUCAAUCUACCGACGAACGGCCAAGAGCAGUUAAGUUUGGACUCGAGACUGGAGUCGCUUUGUCAGAGCUUCAUUAGCCACAAUCUUUUGACUGGGAAUUUCGGUGCGCUAAUAAAUGUUUACCUGGUAAAAGUUUCCGAGCUGUUGGCCUUGUCCGAUGCCGAGAGCACGGUUCACAUAUGGCAAGCAUUCAAUGCGCUAUUCAUUAUUCGGUGUUUGAUCAAAUACAUGAUAGAGACGGGCUCUGAGUAUCAGCUGUUGCAGCAUUUUGAGACAUUGCCAAUACAAGAGAGUCAGAGACAUCGAGAUGGUACGGAUCAGGCAGGGACCAGUGGUGGUGAUGUGGCAGUCAGCAUCGAUCCCAAAAUUAUUGCCGAUAAUAAAGCAGCCAUGGCUAAAUUAGUCGAUGGGACUAAAUUCGAGACGUUUCUUGAAGCGCUGGUAAACAUCAUCGUUGUGAUACCUGUGAAAGAAUUUACAUAUCAUCUUCAUUUGGAAGCGGUGAAUUGCUUGAUUGUAUUAUUGUCCGUUAGUCAGUUUUCCCAACAGAGGACAGAUAAGUCAACCAUCUUCAAAACCAUCUACAAAUGUCAACAUGCGAACACUUUGAUGAGUGCUUUGCUGCACUUUCUCAGUCGUAUGAUACAGGCUCCGUCUACGAUGUUCGGCUUCGGUAGUGGUGGCUCUUUUGUGUUCGGUAUUGCCGAAUCAUUGUGGUCCAUCUUGACAUUUGCGCGCAAGCAGCCAGAUAUUCUAUCAGCGCACGAUCUACCUUCCGCCUUCAAGGAUCAUUAUCCGCUAGCCAAUCAAAGUUUGCUAUUGAUACUGAUUCUUACCAAUCACUACACCACCAAGGACAAUCCCUACCGGAUCAGCUUGUUUGGGUGCUCCGAUUCACAAGAAGAUUCACCAAAAGACGAGGUUGUGACUUUCAAAAUCGACUUUUCUUCCCUGUACAACACAUUGUGCCGAAUUGUAACUAUUGAUCAAGUGACACUGCUUCUUUAUCUGUUACUGCAUCGAAACCAAAAAUUCUAUAAAUACGUUAUGGCCCAACUAAAUUUGCAGCAACUGGUUAUUCCAAUUCUUCAAACCCUUUACAAUGCUCCCGACAGUACUUCGCACCACAUUUAUAUGUCUCUGAUUGUGCUUCUUAUUCUAAGUGAAGAUGAUAAUUUUAAUAAAAGCGUACAUCAAAUCAUUUUGAAAAACAUUACCUGGUAUACAGAACGAUCAAUCAGUGAGAUAUCCUUAGGCGGUCUGUUAAUUCUGGUUGUUAUACGUACCAUCCAAUACAAUAUGCUGAAAAUGCGCGAUAAAUAUCUGCACACCAACUGUUUGGCAGCAUUGGCCAACAUGUCUGGCCAGUUUAGAUCGCUUCACCCGUACGUGGCGCAAAGGUUAGUUAGUCUGUUUGAAACUCUCGCCAAGAAGCAUGCCCGUCUCGAUCAGCAGCUGAAGCAAUCAGUAAAUGGGGAAGCCGCCGUUGUUGAUGUAGCCGUGUCGCUCUCAGCGCCUACGUCCGAUGAUAUGUUACAGGAUCUGUCGGUACUAGAAGAAGUGCUAAGGAUGGUGCUAGAAAUUCUCAAUUCUUGUCUGUCGCACCAGCUGGUUUACUGUCCUAAUCUGGUGUACACUCUGUUGUACAAACGCAGCGUCUUUGAGGCCUUCCGGAGUCAUUCUGCUUUUCAAGACAUAAUUCAGAACAUAGAUAUGGUUGUUGGAUUUUUCUCGUCGAGGUUGGUAAGGGUGCAAGAUCAACGAGGAGAACUGGGAGUUAAUGAAGUUCUAGAAGUUAUUUCAAAAGGAGCCAGUCAAUGGUCUAGCGAUAGAUUAAGGAAAUUCCCUGACCUGAAGUUUAAAUAUGUCGAGGAAGAUGCCCCAGAGGAGUUCUUCAUCCCCUACGUAUGGACGCUGGUGUGUAAGGCGGGCUGUGUUCAUUUUAGUUCUGAAUCAAUCAAAGGCGUGACGACGGAAAUCAACUGUUAACCGGAGUUUCUUGAAGUAUGCUGUCUCACAACCAACAGUAUGGAAUCUAGCUUCCAUAGCUUUCACUACCUUUUUAAUAAAAUACUAGAAUUGCUCUAUAUACACUCGGGAAGUUACGGUACUACGUAAAAUGUGAAUACUGAAACCCAAUAAUAAGAGUUUGAAUCACGAAAA